UGUUUCAACAUUCGUCUCAGUCGACUGCCGACUAGUUUUCUUCCUAGUACGUCUUCAACUCCAUAAAAAUUUUAAAAUGAAAUUUUUCGUUUUUAUUUGCGCUGUGCUCGCUUUUUCCCAUUCUCAUUCUCAGGUCGAUGGAGAAAUAGUCUCUAGACACUCAUGCAGCCCUGACGAAGUCAAGAACUGUGUGGUAAACGAAGCCAGAAUCACACCUUGCAAAGAAGCACUGAAAGAUCCUCCUCAGCCCUGCAAAUUCCAAAAGAAAAAAACCGCGUCUAUUGAAGUUGACUUUACACCAGAGUUCGUCACAGAGGGCAUGCACGUACAGAUGUACUGGCCCAAUGGAUUCAUGGAUCUACCUCUGGCUGGAAUGGAAACAAACGCAUGCAAAACAACGACUUGUCCAUCUGUUUCAGGAGUGAAACAAACAUAUAGAUAUGAUUUAGAAAUCGCAACUUAUUUCCCAUUGAGUACCUAUGACGUCAAAUGGGUGCUUAAGGGUAACGAUGAGGAGACUCAACAAUGCUGUUUUAUUUACCGAAUUAAAAUUACUAAAUAAUUUCGAGAUUCUUUGUUUGCAUAUUAGAUUAGUGCCGAUAAUAAAAUAAAUAUAAAUAUGUGUAAAA